GUGUGUCGGGCCAACCGACCUGAGAAAGCUUCAUUGCGUUAACAGACGUUCAACAGUUACCUUCCGUACGCCUUUUUUCGCACGGAGUACCGUAUACGCGAGACUGCGUUUUCACAUCGUUAGACGAGCCUCUUUGACGAACGUUAUAUUAUUUCAUUUUUUUUUUUUUAUUUCCAUCGAAAAAUGGACUCUACUCAGACGCCUCUUUCACCACCAGCUUCACCCAAAUUCAAACACAUCGAACCGCUGCAGUCUUCGUUCAGUGUUGCAGCAUUAUUGGGGGACAAGCUUCUGCAAAAAACAAAUACUGACAUAAAUACAAAAAAAGAAGAUGACGGAAAUGCACGGCCUGGUUUACCUCCAACUCCUCAGCCUUCUGACUCAGAGGAAGACGAACCUCUUCGAAAACGGAAAUGCGUAGAGCAAUGUGAAUUAGCAAAGCUACUGUUGGACGGUACACCACCUCCGAGUCCAGAACCAGCCCGUGUAUCGGUCAUAAUGCGUGCCAACCGGGACGGUACUUACAGUCCUGCCAACUUAACACCAAAGACUACCGUAAUGUGCUCACAAUCAGUUCCACACGAGGUACCACAGGAGGUACCACAGAUCUGCAGUCCGCAGCGGCCAGAACCGAUAACGCGAUGGAGCGUUCCCGAACCAGAGAAUAUUUUGAAGAGUUUGAAAUUUAAAAUGAGCCUACGGAAAGAGGAGAUUAUCGUAAAUAACAAAAACACUGAUCGUGAAACCGCUCAGCCGAAGCUACAUCCUUUAGCACCAAAGCCUGCACCAAUUAUGGUAACCGGACUCUUACGAUCACCUCUGAUUCUCCCGCAAACACCUCUCUUAUUAGUAACUACACCUACGACUACCACGGCUAGCAUAGCUACUAGCAUAACUACUCCAGAAGUAGCUGCACGACGACGUGUCUACGAAUGCGAGCAUCCAGGUUGUGGCAAGAAUUAUUUUAAGUCAUCUCAUUUGAAAGCACACACGAGAACUCAUACGGGAGAACGUCCCUUCUCGUGCCCUUACAAAGACUGCAGCAAACGGUUUUCAAGAAGCGAUGAACUUUCGCGUCACAAGAGAACUCAUACCGGCGAAAAGAAAUUCGCUUGUACAGUUUGUCAGAGGAGAUUCAUGAGAAGCGAUCAUUUGGCUAAACACGUCAAACGGCAUACCAGAGAUAGAUCCUCGUCCGUCAGUGGAACCACCGGUGUUCAAACUUCCGUUACCCAAGUCACACCCGCCCCAUUAAGGGUAAGCUUACUUCCGUUUAUAGCGCCACGAAUAACGCAGCGCCCACUCACUAAAUAAUUCCACCGCUAUUUGCGGCUUAAAGAAUACCCAAACAGUGAUGCUUUAAUCGUACCUAUUAUAACAAAGGUACGAAUCGAGCUUCGAAUUACCACAUGAUUGAAAAACCAUUCCAAGAUCGUGGAGAUAUUAAUCAUAUUAAACUACCUUUUGAUAAACGAUCAAAAGUGAAAUCUUAAUCAAUGCAAUAACUGUAGAUGCCCUCUAGGAGGUCGUAGAAAUUGAUUACCGGGGAAAAUGUCUACUUUGAAAUUGUGAACGACUGCAAACAGAAGUGAGCUCCCAUUUGCCUUCGUAACGUGUCGCGUUGUGAUUAUCUCGAAUGAGUUAACCAGGAAGAGUACUUAAAAAAAAAAAAAGGAAAUAAUGAUAAUGGAUUUUAAGGCACGAGGAGCGGUGGAUAAGUCAGGAAACGAGGCUUUUUUACCGUCCGUGAACCAUGUACCUAAGUGUGUCUGUGAUCUGUGAUGCAUAAGCGCGUUGACCGAGAAAGAGUAUUUAUUUAAAAGUGCAAAAAACAGUUUUUAUGAAUUAUGUAUAUAACGGCUAUGCAAAAAUGCUAAAUUUAUGCUGUUUUCAUUAUUGUCGACUAGUUUUACGUGUUAAUUAUAGAUCAUGUAAUGUAUAUAUCGUCCAACUUGCCGGACAACAUGACUUUAUACUGUAUAAAGAUAAGUUUUAAAGAUUUUUCUAUACGAUGAGAGAUUAAUUAAACAACUUGUAUACUUUCGUAGAA